GAAUAUGUUGAGCAAAUUCGGGCAACUCCUACAAGGGGCGACUAUUAGACAUUCCCAGUACCGGCGAUUCUAUGGCCAGCCCGCCGUCCAGCGCGACAGUGUGACGGACACGACGCCUACUUCUCUGGUCCUGGAAGGUGAGGCGCGUCGAUUCAUUCACGAUUGCCUGCGACGGGUGGGCGUGCCUUUCGAAAAGCUGCGCUGCAUCAGCGACAUUAUGCUCGCGGCGGACUACAGAGGUAUCCACGGCAUGGGCAUCGGUCGGCUGGAUAUGUAUCUGAAAGAUCUGCAACAUGGCACUGUGGACAUAACGGCCGAACCGGAGAUUAUCAGUCAGACGUCGGUAACUGCCCAUGUGGAUGGCCACGGCGCCAUGGGCGUCUUUGUGGGCAACUACUGCAUGGAUUUGGCCAUAGAUAAGGCACAAAAGUCAGGCAUUGGCUUUGUGGUGGCCAAAAGAUCCCAUGACAUCGGCAUGGCCUCCUGGUAUGCAUUCCGAGCCAUGGCUAGAGGCUGCAUUGGACUGGUGCUCUCGAAUACCCCGGCCAUGAUGGUGGCUCCGGGAGGUCGGGACGCUAGCAUUGGAGCCAAUUGCUUGGCAUUUGGCGCAGACGGCAAAGACUCACAUUUUAUGCUAGACAUGGCAGCCAGUACGAAGAGCAUGGGCGCCUUGGAGUGGGCGUAUCUAAAUGAUGACCGUAUACCGAGUAGCUGGGCCAUGGAUGAGGGCGGCCAUCCCACCAUCUUCCCCUGCCUGGCGCUCCGGGCCAACCGACUCAAUCCUGCGGGCGGUCAAAAUGGCUAUUGCCUGGCCACCAUGAUUGAUGUGCUCUGCGGAGUUAUGUCUGGUGCAAACUAUGCGACACGCGUUGCCUCCAUGGAUGCGGAACAGGGGAAGGGACCGACCUCAAAUUUAGGUCUUGUCAUGCUCGCUUUGGAUCCGUGCGUCUUUGUGCCGGACUUUGAGGAGCGACUGGAUGAUUUCAAGAAGUGCAUCGAGAAUAGCAUUCCUUUCGAUACAUCGAAGCCUGUCAAGCUGGCUGGCGAGCUGGAGAAGGCCCAUAUGCUUCGCGUGGACGACCUGGGUGCGCUGUCAUUUCCCAACACCAUGUUGGCCAAAUUCAAACGCCUUGCGGAUUUCCUUUGCGUGCCGUCGUUGCAAUUGGCUUUCGCAUCCAAUAAGUCAAAUUAUCUUCGUGCGUAGAUAGCAAAUGUGAAAUUCCAAAUAUCCGGCAGUUAAUUUAUAUAAAAUUGUAAAGAUCUAUGCUGCCGCCAGAUGGCGCUUGAUAUGAUAAACUGUGCUGCAGCCAGA